AGAAACAGAGUGUGUCAUUGGCUGAGGACUCCCAUCUGCCUCUCCCCUGAAAAUACGGCAGAUCAUUUAAAGUCGGCUCGCAUCUAUUAAAACUUGUGAAACUGAGUCUGGACUAAACCAGGAGCAGCUUCUCAAACCAGAUCUGUCUUCAUCGCCUUCUGUGCACUUCUUUGAUCAGGAAGGAAUCAUGGUUUGCCAUAAGGAGUUCCAGAAUGCAGGCAAGGAGCCUGGUCUCCAGAUUUGGAGGAUCGAGAAGAUGGACCUGAAACCUGUCCCCAAGCAACUGCAUGGAAACUUCUUCACUGGAGAUGCCUAUGUUGUUCUUUACACCACUUCUGCUCCAUCCUACAAUAUCCACAUGUGGUUGGGUAAUGAGUGCUCUCAGGAUGAAAGUGGAGCUGCUGCCAUUUUUACUACGCAGCUGGAUGAUCAUCUGGGUGGGGCACCAGUCCAGUACCGUGAGGUUCAGAACAACGAGUCUAUCGCCUUCCUUGGCUACUUUAAAGCUGGAAUUAAGUACAAGCAAGGUGGUGUGGCCUCUGGGUUCCAGCAUGUGGUGACCAAUGACAUGAAUGUGAAGCGCCUGCUUCACGUUAAGGGACGACGUGCCAUUCGUGCCACAGAGGUGAAUUUGUCUUGGGCCAGCUUCAAUCAUGGAGACUGCUUCAUCAUUGAUCUUGGCAAGGACAUCUACCAAUGGUGUGGGAAAGACUGCAACCGUUUUGAGCUGUUGAAAGCCUCCGAGGUGGCCAUUGGCAUUCGUGAUAAUGAGAGAAAUGGGCGUGCCAAUAUACACAUGGUUGAGGAUGGUUCUGAGCCAGAGGCUGUCCUUGCUGCUCUUGGGCAAAAGCCCAGCAUCCCAGCAGGAAGUCCUGACGAUGAGAAGACUGAUAGAAGCAAUCAGAAUAAGGGCACACUCUAUAUGGUAUCUGAUGCUGCAGGCAGUAUGAAGACAUCUCUGGUGGCCCAGAGCAGCCCUUUCAAACAGCAAAUGCUCUCUCCUAAUGAGUGCUACAUCCUGGACAAUGGAGUGGACAGCAAGAUCUUCCUUUGGAAAGGACCAAGCGCAAACACUGAAGAACGUAAGGCGGCCAUGAAGGUGGCUGAGCAGUUUAUCAAAGACAAGAACUACCCCAAAAACACACAGAUCCAGGUUAUGCCAGCCGGAGGCGAGACUACACUGUUCAAGCAGUUCUUCAGUGACUGGAAGGAUAAGGAUCAAACCACAGGUCCAGGACAGGCUUACGCCAUUGGCCGCAUUGCCAAAGUUUCAAAGGUUCCUUUUGAUGCUUCCAGUCUGCACUCCAACAAAACAAUGGCUGCCCAGCAUGGUAUGGUGGAUGACGGCUCUGGCAAGGUCCAGAUAUGGCGUGUAGAGGGUGGGGAUAAAGUUCCAGUUGAACCUUCCAGCUAUGGGCAGUUCUUUGGAGGAGACUGUUAUCUGAUUCUCUACACCUAUCGCCAGGGAAGCAAAGAGCACCACAUUAUCUACACCUGGCAAGGUCUGAAGUGUACACAAGAUGAGCUGGGUGCCUCAGCUUUUCUAACAGUCCAGCUGGAUGAUUCUAUGGGAGGUUCGCCUGUCCAGGUACGUGUCACUCAAGGCCAGGAACCAGCCCAUUUGAUGAGUCUGUUCAAGGGGAAACCCAUGAUCAUCCACUUGGGUGGGACUUCACGUAAAAGUGGUCAGAGUCAGGCUGGCAGCACGCGCCUUUUUCAUAUCCGCCAGAGCUCCAGCCGUGCAACCCGCGCUGUGGAGGUGGAACCCACUGCAUCUAAACUGAACACUAAUGAUGCGUUUGUGCUAAAGAGUCCUGGUGGCCUGUUUGUAUGGAAAGGAGUGGGUGCUUCAGAUGAAGAAAUGGCUGCUGCUAAACACGUCUGCAGCUUCCUUGGAGGCAGUGCCACAGAAAUUUCAGAGGGCAAAGAGCCGGCUGGAUUUUGGUCAGCUUUGGGUGGAAAGAAGGACUAUCAAACUUCUAAGAGCCUGCAGAAGAUUGUUAAACCUCCACGUCUCUUUGGCUGCUCCAACAAGACAGGACGUCUAAUCGCUGAGGAAGUGCCUGGAGAUUUCACUCAGUCUGAUUUGGCCACUGAUGAUGUCAUGCUUCUGGAUACCGGGGAUCAGAUCUUUGUUUGGAUUGGUAAUGACGCCAACGAGGUGGAGCGGAAUGGAGCAGGUGAAAUAGCCAAAAAAUAUGUGGAUUCUGAUCCUUCUGGUCGUCGCGGGACCCCGAUCGUCACUGUAAAGCAAGGCAGUGAGCCCCCAACCUUCACUGGCUGGUUCCAGGCUUGGGACCCGAAGAUGUGGGACACAGACCCACUGCAACGCAUUCGUGCUUGUUUCUAAAAGCACACACAAUCAGACAUGCAAACCACUAUAUACUUUUGCAUAGCUUCCAGAAUACUCACGUCUUGUGUUUCAUGCAUUGGUGGUCUGAAAGAGAAACACAGUAUGCAAUAAUGCUGCAUGUUAAGCCACUAUGUACUGUAUUUUGCUACGAUUAAUUACUUUUUGCCUAUGCCUUGACUUUGCCUUUUUUUAUACAAUUAAACUCUUUUAUAUUUUCUUUUAUAUACUUCUAGAUUUCAGUGAUGUUUUCAACUGCAUUGUCUUUUUAAAUGAAUAUUAAAAGAAAUGGAAAAUGUAGGGUUUUUUUAUAAGCAAAAUAAGAUUUGUCUGUAUCCGACAACUUGCCAUUGGAUUGUCAAACACGUGUAUGGAUAAUGCCUUAUAAAUCUGCAAAUUGAAAUAUCUGAGAAUAUAUUGUAGUUGCUGAUUCUGAUUCCCAGUAAAUAAUAAUAAAAAAAGCUUUUUAAAAUA